CAUAUGGCAGGUUGAUUUGGCCAGUAUCAAGUCAAGCCUGAUAAAUACUUUGCUUAGCCCUGCUGUAUUUGCUCACUCGACCUCUUCUUUUGCAUGCAAAAAGAGCACACCCAAGAGCAAACUUUUAUUUGGCAAACAAUACCUAGAUAAGAUGUUCUUCAGCUGAGUCCCAGGCUAUACGGGUGUAUUUCACAUGAUAGUCACGCUUAAUUAAGCUGCAAGUAUUUAAUUACUCUGAACACUAUCUGAUCCGUCAGUGAACCUGCGAGUCAAAUCCGUGGGCCCAUUUAACCCUGCGAUUCCACAUUCGGCAAUUUCCGUGAGACGCAUUCAAAAACGUUAUUCGCCGUGACGUCACUCUCGGAGAAACCCGCCCCAUUUCUCUUUGGAGAAGACAGUCGGCCAUUUUAAGUUUAUCAGUCGUCAUUUCACAUCGCUACAGUAGGACGGAGAACGUCAGGACUCAAUUUCAUCAUAUUUCUCUUACAACUGUAGUGGAGAAUUGCCUACUAUGAACUGAAACUCUUCCUAAAACCAAAAACAAGUAGAUCCUAGUGAAGUGACGCAUAAGCCAGUAGAUUCCAGUGUCGAGUUGUAAUUUUUUGCACCUCAAUGUAGCUAGAGGAAAUGGCUGUGGAAAGCAUGACUGUCCAUCCAAACUCCCCAACUACCAACCACGAACACAACAGUCUCCUGACUGACGAAAGGCCAGAAGAUGGAGAGCUGGAGGAGGGUGAGCUGGAAGACGACGGGGGAGAUAUGGAGGAGGAGGGAGGCGCGCCCGCAACUGGAGGAGGAGGAGUCGGAGACGGCGGCGACGAAGCGGGCGGAGGAGGCGAAGCGAUAUGGGAAGGGGCCGGGGAGAGGCCCAGGCGAAGUAAAGAGCGCCACGCCAGCAGCGAAUCGGACGACGAGAGAUCCCACCGUCGCAAGAGGAAGAGGAAGAAAGAGAGGGAGCGAGAGAGAGAGAAGAGGAGAUCCAAGAAGAAACGCAAAUCCAAACACAAACGUCACGCAUCCUCUGAUGACGACCACUCGGACUACAGCGAUGACUCUGACUACUCUCCCAGUGAGAAGAGGAAGUACAGAGAGUACAGCCCCCAGUACCCCCCUCCUUCUCACGGCGGCUACAGCGGCUCAAAGAAGGGCAGCUACAUGAAGAUGGACAAGCAGAGCUACGGAGGCUACGACGAUUACGACGACGACAACUACGAGGGAGAGGAAGAGGAAGACAUAGGGGAAGAAGACUACGACGACUUCACCAAGGAGCUCAACCAGUACCGCAAGGCCAAGGAGGGAGGAGGCGGCCGCGGCGGACGAGGUGGGUCGACGGCAGACCUUCUUCUUCUGUAUGCUAAAAGGGGCAAAGGUCGUAUGAAGAACCAGAGAGGCCGUGGAGGAAUGAGAGGAGGGAGGAGGGGAAGAGGAGGCAUCAGAGGAAGAGGAGGACGAGGUGGAGGAGGAAAGAUGGGAGGAGAUAACGACGACGGUGAUGGUUACGGAGACGAAAUGGAGUAUGUCGAUGAUGAUUAUGACAACAUGGGGGAGGAUGACUACGACGAUUACUCAAAGGAGCUCAAUCAGUACAAGAAAUCCAAAGACAGAGGCAGAGGUGGUAAAGGUUGCCGCGGGCGAGGCAGAGGUAAAGGAGGGCGGGGUAUGAUCAGAGGAGGAAAGGGUCGAAACCGAGGCAGAGGAAGAGGUGACAUGGUUAACGAUGACGACAACAACGGAGACAUGGACAACGGGGACGGAGGAGGAGGCGAUGUUGGACCAGGACCAGGGAGGAGGAAUCAGAAUGAGAAGCACCAGGACAAGAAAGGAAAGGCCAUCUGCAAAUACUACAUCGAGGGGAGAUGUACCUGGGGGGACCACUGCAACUUCAGCCACGACAUCGAGCUGCCCAAGAAGAAAGAGCUGUGCAAGUUCUACAUCACUGGAUUCUGUGCCCGAGCCGACCACUGUCCUUACAUGCAUGGUGAAUUUCCCUGUAAGCUGUUUCACACCACAGGAAACUGUGUCAACGGCGAUGAGUGUAUGUUCUCCCACGAAACCCUCAAUGACGACACUCAGGAGCUGCUCAACAAGAUGCUGGCAGAGGACGCAGAAGCCGGCGCUGAGGACGAGAAGGAGGUGGAGGAGCUGAAGAAGCAGGGCAUCAACCCUCUCCCCAAACCCCCUCCUGGAGUCGGCCUCCUCCCCACCCCUCCUCGGCCCGUUCCCGUAGACACCAACACGGGGCCUGGGGAUUUUGGAUGUCCUGCGGCGGGUGACUUUGGCGGUCCUCCUGGACCCAACCAGGUGCCCAUUGCCAACAAAGGUCCCCCAGGACCGGGGCCUGUUCCCGGGCCUAACCCCUGCGCGGGUCCCCCUGUCCACGGCCCUGACGGAAGUCCCUACCAAGGAGGACCCCCAAAUCCCAGUGGCCCUCCUCCUCACAUGGGCCCCCCACCUCCUUGUGGUGGAGGCGGAGGCGGCGGGGGGAAGAAGAUCCCCUCGUUGUUUGAGAUUAAAGUUCAGCCGACAGGACAACUUGCUCAGAAACUGGCUGUAAGGAGCCAGACACCCAGCGGCAACCAGGGUCAGACCGCAGCACCUGGACCGCAAGGAGCCCCCGGUGCCCCUCCUACCCGAUUCCCCGCCCCGCCAGGCAUGAUGCCCCCCGACAUGCAGAACAUGGGCCCGAACCUCGGGAUGAACCAGGGCCCGCCCAACAUGGGCCCCGGCGGACCGCCCAUGAUGGGAGGAUUUGCGUCCGGUGACGGCCCUCCACACGGAGGUGCUAUGCCUCCGGGUCCUCCUCAGGGUGGAGGAAACUUCUUCAAUAACUUCUUCAAUCAGCAGGAGGGUAUGGAGAUGGAAGGAGUGGUGCAAGAAGGUGACAACUACCAGGGUUUCUCCGGCUUGGACGAGAGAGGAGGCGCAGGGAGUUUCGGAAAUCAAUCGGGUGGCCAAGAAGGCUCUGCUAACGGAGCGUCGGCCAAUCAGGGAGGGAUUUCUGUGCCCGACUUCCUGCCGCCGGCGCAGCGCGUCCUGUUUAUGAGGAUCCAACAGAAGCAGCAGGAGGAGGAGGAAAGAGCUCGUAGGAUGGCGGAGGGAGGAGCAGAGAAGACGAGAGACACUGAAGGUGACUCAGGGAACUGGUACUCCAGUGAGGAUGAGGACGGCGGCGGUAGUGUGACGUCGAUCUUGAAAACGCUCCGUCAGCAGACCCAGGUUCCUCAAAAAUCCGACGGGCCCCCGAGCGACCCUCGGCUCCAGAAGGCAUCUCCUGCCAACCCUCCGGCUCGCCCGGCGGACCCCCGCUUGGUUCGGGACCCGCGUCUUGCCCGUGUCGCGGAUUCGGCCCAAAGUUCUGAUUCCACCCACUCCAUGCCCGCUCCAUCUUCAUCUGGGCCGCCUGCAGACCCCAGGUUAGCCCGGCUAGCUGCCGCUACCUCAGCUGGAUCCGCCUCCCAUUCGCCUCCCGCUCCUAAACAAGAACCGCCUCUGAUCUACAAGCCGCCGCCUCUCACAACCCCGGCGGUGGACGAGGAGGAGACGGAACGGGUUUUACGAGACAAGCCGGUGCCGAUUCCUCUGGACCCGCUCAUGGGUAUGGCUCUGAGAGACCCGCGCUCGCAGCUGCAGCAGUUCAGCCACAUCAAGAAGGAUAUUAUUCUCCACAUGCCAGCCUUCGCCAAAACCAUCACCUGGUCGCCUGAAGAUCUCCUCCCGCUCCCUAUCCCUAAGCAGGACCUCCUUCCGCUCCCGCCAGGCAUUCCUCCCGUCUCCUCUCUAGACCCACGUCUGUCCCGCACCCAACAGCAGCUCCAUCCGACCCUCCCUCACUCGCAGCCUCCUCCCGUACAACCUCCCCCCUCCUUCGAGCCCCCCGCUCCCUCCUCCUCUACCUCCUCCCUCCCAGACUUUGAGCUGCUGUCUCGUAUCCUCAAGACUGUCAACUCCAGCCCGUCCCAGACACCCUCCCCUCCUCUCUUACCCACCCCCGCUCCUCCUAUGUCUCUGCUGGGUCCACCACCUCCCCCCGUGCCUCCCACACCUGCAGAAAAGCCCGUUGACCCCCGCGUGGCCCGUAAAGGCCCCACAGAUCCCCGUCUCCAGCAGCAGAAGUCGUCAUUGAAGCAGCCGUCGGAUCCCACGCCUCCUCCUGUCUCCUCUGCGCCUCCAGCAACGACAUCUAGCUCCUCCCCACCCACCAUCGCACCCUACGACCCAAGGCUUCUCUCCUCAGGUGGGGCAGGGCGCGGUGUUGGGACCGGGGCACCAGGGGGAGCCAGCGUGCUGAGCAGCAUCAGUCUGUAUGACCCUCGGACUAACAAACCAGGCAGCCCUGGUACCAGCAGCGGCUCCCCCAACUCAGCCAGCACAGAGUCCAAACCCAGUGACCCCACGACGGGUAAACCCAAGUCCAAGGAGCCCCUGUUUGUUCGGAAGUCCGCGCUGGACCAACCCGAACCGGAGAAAAGUGGAGAACAAGGAACCGAUAGAUACAACAGCUAUAACAGACCCCGGCCCAAGCCUGCACCUUCGCCUAACUCCACGACACAGGGAGGCCCCGCUGCAGCCGGGGCAGCCGCCGCCGGAGGUCAAGGUGCUCCCGGAGCCGCUGCAGACCAGGGGCCCGCAGGCGUCCACAACCUACCAGUGUCCUCUCUAUUCGGCGUGGUGAAGCAAGCGACCAAGCCCGGCGGGACGGGGAGUCCCUUUGGAGGAAACAGUCCGGCGCAGUCUGACCAGGCGGCCACGGAGCAGGACAACGCCUCGCUAAAGGACGUUUUCAAAGGCUUCGACCCCACAGCCUCGCCGUUCUGCCAGUGACCCCCGACCCCCAUGAACCCUAAAGACCAUCCGUGUGGUCGGCCAUUGGCUUGUUUUAACUUUUUUUUUUUUUUUUUUUGGAUUCUGAACAGAUCCUGCAAGACUGGUUAAGAAGAUAAACUUUUGUGAUCAAACUGACGCCACACGACAUGUUUCACAUCUACACACACACACACACACACACACACACACACACACACACACUUUACCACAGUGUUGCAGAUUCAGAUUCUAUAAAAGACUUGUGGGUUAUGGGAAGGGUUCAAAGUUAAAUCUCUAAAUCUCUAUUUUAAACAAAACGUAUUGAUGUAUAAAUAAAUGUAUUCUGUUCAUCUCAAUGCUUAAUGAAAACAGUUAUUCAGAAAGCAGCAAAAACACAUUUAUAUGGAAUGAGCAUUUUAGCGUCAUGUUGUCAUUAUUCCCUUCAUUUCAUUUCCUCAACUCUCAUAUUUUAUUUUGGUAAACCUUCUCCCCGUCUUUAAACUGGUUUUUGCUCAUCAGUAUUUUUGGGCAGUUAAAGUUUAAAAGGUCUUGACACCAGAUGAAAAGAUGGGAUAUAUUUUUAUCUCUCACUCUUUUUUUUUUUUCUUCCAACAAAAUGUUUAUGUGUACGGAUCCCUCAGAGGGUCACGGCGAGAUUUUUUUUUUUUUUUUUUUUUUGCAUGCGUUCCCUCGCUAUAUGUUUUGCAUUACCUCGCGAUAUUUUGCGUUCCCUCACAAUACAUUUUGCAGUUUUCUCGCAAUACUUUUCUUCUUCUAUUCCAGGCAGAAUUACUUCUCAAAGGGACCAAAUUUUAUCUGGCAUAUUGACUCUUAUCAAUCAGACGUCUCCUUUUACCUCAGUGAAACCUCUCUGGGAUCCAGCUCUUUCAAAAUAAAGCUCUUUGCGUCCUCGUAGGCCAUAUACUCUCUUCCGUUAGAAUACAUCUACCUGUAUACGUGCAGUCUUGAGCACAGUAAAAGGUCAUAAAUGCUCACUAAUUACAUAACUAUGCCUAUUGAGCAGUAGUACUAUAUCAGCCCAUUUCAAAAUAAAAUUCAAUGAGCUGAUCCAUACUGGCGGGGUUGCGCUGGGAGUAGCUGAGCAGAAAUGGACGUAUGACUUAGAAGGAAGAGAAGAAGAAAAGUAUUGCGAGAGAACUUAAAAUUUAUGUCGAAGUAUUGUGUGAGAGCGCAAAACAUAUUACGAGGUAACGCAAAACAAUGCGAAGGAACACACACACAAAAAAAAUUUUAAAAAAUCUUGCUGUGACCCUCGGGGGACACCGUAGAUUUGUGGUGUUUUUUGUGUUUAAUAAAUUAACAGCACUGAGGCAACUCCUUUCGCACCGUUGCCCAUCCAAGACAAAAAUUUUGCCCUCUAAACCACUGCCUUGGCAUUCACUGUCCUCUUUAACCUCCAUGUAAACGAAUACCUACACUUAAAAAUCUAUAUUCUGCUUGAUUUUUUUUUUUUUUUUUUUAGUAUUUAUUUUUCUACUUCUUUGCAGUUUGUCAGGUUGUGUCCUCUGAGGGCUGUAUCAAUGUUUUUAAUGUAUGUAACUCCUCCAGAUGUUCAUAUACUGUCUCAUGUAUUUAGCUCUUAUCCAAAACAGGCAACUUUGCUGUUACAGGAAGUGACCUGUGACCGUUGCCUCUCUAACCACUACGCCACUGUUGUUGUUGUUGUUGUUUUUUCCCCUCAUUUUUUCCCCUUUUAGCAGUCUUGUUGCUAAAGGGAGAAAAGUUUAGUCAUGUUGGUCUGUGAAAAUAGAGAGUAUCCACCUCAUAAAUGACAUCUUCUGUAGCUUUAAGGUAGAAGAGAUGGCUGCUCAGACUGAUGACAGACACAUUACCAUGUCUCUCUCCGGUGGCGGCGUUUAGUUAGCCAUUGGUUAGCCAUAGCAUCGGUAGUGUUGCAGGGACAAGUUUGUGUUUUUUUCUCUGCUGAAAAGGUGACGUCAACCUGUAUUUAGCCUUGAUCGUUACACACUUUUCAGUUUUUUUUCCUCUCAUCAUUUGUUUCACCUUGAUCAGAAUAGAGGACACUUUGAUUCACUGAGUCAGAAUUUAUUGUCUAGCUUUUAGCUAUUUUUGUUUUAUUUUAAUUAGUUGUUUUGUUCCGAGUGGAAACGAGAACAUAACAGAGCACGACUGCAGGACGUUAGCGAGCGGUCGGUGAAAUGGAAUAAUAAUAAUAUUUCCUGCCGCACAGCAUCAAUUUAUUUAAGCAUCGAGAUUUUGGCUUUAGUGGCUGGUGGGCAGUGUGACAAUCAUAAACUAGACUUGGACCUAAAAUUCAGAGCUUUCAUGAAUCUUGCAUUGAUCUGUGCGGGUGCUCCCUUUACUGUCAGCCUGAGAUCUGCAGAAAAGGAGUCAUAAAGGUGCAGCGUGUAGAAUUUAGCGGCGUCUAGCGGGGACAGACUUUGCAGACAUGGAAUAAGAUUCAUAUGUUUUCUUAGUGGAUAAUCAAACUAAGAAUCGUCACCUUUCAUGAGCCCUUUAUAUAGUUUCUACAUAGUUUCAUGGCCACCGUCGGUUCUCCUACAUGCUUGGAAGGAUGAGGGGUUGCAGUGUGCGCCCUCGCUGCUAGAUGCUACUAACUCUUCCACACUGAUCCUUUAACCUGUGUGUUUCCACAGACUGAACAUGUUUUUCUCUCUCAGGCUUACAGUAGAAUAAUCGCACACUUCAUGGUUAAAUUAUUCAUUUAGGACUGACUCACAGUUUUUGUCCAGAACCUCCCUUCCUAGUUUCUACCUUCUUUUUUUUUUUUUUUUUUUUUUAACCAUAAUCAGUUGAAGUCAGAAGUGAGUGCAGCGUUUGUAUCGUGGGGUGUAUGUGAGGAUAAGCAGUUGUUCCCGUUUUUUUCACCUGACGAGCCGGUGAUGUCAUCUGCGCGGCUUCGUUUUGGGGAAUCUGAAAACGUGGCGUCGCUGUAGUGGAGCUAACGGAAGUUUGUUGGUUUUCUUGUUUUUUUUUUUGACUUCCAGAAGGUUUAAGAUUGUACAACAACAGUCAGGAUUGUCGUUGACCGUCUUUUUGUAAAAAAUGUUGAUCAUUUUAAUUUAUUUUUUUAUACUUGGGUAAAUAUACUUCCUCACUUUACAUUUUUUUGAACUGAGUCAUUUUAGAUGUCAGGAAUAUGUGAUUACUGCUCACCUCAGUGGGACGCAGGCAGCCUGUAAAACAGUGUGAAGAAGAAGAAGAGGAGGGGGAAAGACAUAUUUUUUUAUUUGGUUUUGUGUAUAAAGAUUCAAACUAACAAAUUCAAUAUGGGCUCACUCCUGACAGGCCGUGUUAGGAGAAAUGAGUGUCAGCUAUAGCAAGCGUGAAAGUUAUUGUUGAUUUAUUCUUUCCUUUUUUUUUUUGGCUUUGUUGGUUUGUAAAUUUGUUUUAUUGAUUUUCUUUGCUAUGUAAAUUAGACCAGUAUCUUGUCUUUGGAGGGGAGGAGUUUUCUAACUGUACACUGUAGGUGAGGUUGUCACAGUAUUUAAAUAAAGUUGAUACAUCAUCAACCAGUUAAAA